AUGGCCUCCCCCGCGAUCCUCGGCACCCCUGCGGCCCCGGCCCCGGCCCCCACCCCCGGAGAUGGUGACGACGGGGCCUCAAAGCUCAUAAAGGAAGAGGGGCCUGAGCCCGGGAUGACCGGGACCGGAUCCCCCGGCACCGAGCCCCACGGCCCCAUCCCCGCCGUCCCGGCUGGGGAGGGCUCUGCCUGCGGCAUCGCAGAGGAGCUGGAGCCCGAGCGGAAGCGCAAGAAGGGCCCGGCCCCCAAGAUGCUGGGCCACGAGCUGUGCCGCGUGUGCGGGGACAAGGCGUCGGGCUUCCACUACAAUGUGCUCAGCUGCGAGGGCUGCAAAGGCUUCUUCCGGCGCAGCGUGGUGCGGGGCGGUGCCCGGCGCUACACCUGCCGCGGGGGCGGGGCCUGCCACAUGAACGCCUUCAUGCGCCGCAAGUGCCAGGAGUGCCGCCUGCGCAAGUGCCGCGAGGCGGGCAUGCGGGAGCAGUGCGUCCUCUCGGAGGAGCAGAUCCGUAAGAAGAAGAUCCAGAGGCACCAGCCGGCGGCGCCAGGGCCGGUCUCGGGGGGCGCGGCUGCCCCCGGGGUGCCGAUCCCCGGGCCUGCUGGCUCCCCGGCCGCCUGCUCGGAGGCUGGCGGGCCGGGCCCCGCCGACGGUGCCGGCGCCCAGCUCACGCCCGACCAGAAGCUCAUGAUCCAGCAGCUCGUGGCGGCCCAGCUGCAGUGUAACAAGCGCUCUUUCUCUGACCAGCCCAAGGUCACGCCCUGGCCGCUGGGGGCCGACCCCCAGUCGAGGGACGCGAGGCAGCAGCGAUUCGCCCACUUCACGGAGCUGGCCAUUAUCUCCGUGCAAGAAAUCGUGGAUUUUGCCAAGCAGGUGCCGGGCUUCCUGCAGCUGGGGCGCGAGGACCAGAUCGCGCUGCUCAAGGCCUCCACCAUCGAGAUCAUGCUGCUGGAGACGGCGCGGCGGUACAACCACGAGACAGAAUGCAUCACGUUCCUGAAGGAUUUUACCUACAGCAAGGACGACUUCCACCGAGCAGGCCUGCAGGUAGAGUUCAUCAACCCCAUCUUCGAGUUCUCCAGGGCCAUGCGGCGGCUGGGCCUGGACGACGCGGAGUACGCGCUGCUCAUCGCCAUCAACAUCUUCUCUGCCGACCGGCCCAACGUGCAGGAACCGAGCCGAGUGGAGGCCCUGCAGCAGCCCUACGUGGAGGCUCUGCUCUCCUACACACGCAUCAAGAUGCCCCAGGACCAGCUGCGGUUCCCGCGGAUGCUGAUGAAGCUGGUGAGCUUGCGGACACUGAGCUCCGUGCACUCCGAGCAGGUGUUUGCCUUGCGCCUCCAAGACAAGAAACUCCCCCCUCUGCUGUCUGAGAUCUGGGACGUCCACGAGUGACCAGGGAGUGGCUCCCACUGGCCUGUCCCCAGCACCGCCCCUGCUCCUCGGGCCCUGCCCGGCGGGAGCCCGGAGCAGCCCCGCAGGCUAGGCCCGGGGCUCCGGCCACGGGGCCCACGGCGAGCUCCUGAGUGGGGACCUAGGUCACCAGGUGGUCCGAGGCCCUGCUCCUGACGUUGUCUUCCUGGGGAGGGGUGGGCGGGUCAUUGACCCUUGACCGUUGACCCCCGGCACUUACCUUUCCCGUCCUCCCCUGCUUACACAGCGCGAUGCACCUUGAAGGGAAGGGGUGGCCUGAUUCUCCGCCUAGGGUCAAGGGGGGCAGGGCCCUCGGGUCCUGGGGUCCUCUGUUUCCUGUGGCCCCAAGGGAGGUGAGAGGGCUUCUCCUCCACUCCUUUUAUUUAAUAAACAAGACAAAGUAAAAUCUUAAUAAAAACGUCGAAGAGAAUCAAGUGA